GUCAUCAGCCAAGUGCCGAAAAAGCCGGCGGCGUGGUUCUACACUUUGUCUUGGCCAUUAAAAGUUUGGGUAAAGGAAUGACGGAACGAAAGGGGACCGCUAAACUUGACUUCCUGCGGAAGAUCGAGAAGGAGGUUCAACAGAAAUGGGAGAAGGAGAAGGUUUUUUAUUGUGAUGCUCCUACCUCAAUCGGGCAGACCCAGAACAAAAACAAGUACUUUGUCACCUUCCCUUACCCAUACAUGAAUGGAAGACUGCAUCUUGGCCAUACGUUCUCUCUUUCCAAGUGCGAGUUUGGUGUUGGAUACCAGCGUUUGAAAGGAAAACAAUGUCUGUUCCCAUUUGGACUUCAUUGCACGGGAAUGCCAAUCAAAGCCUGCGCUGACAAAUUAAAACGAGAGAUUGAACUGUAUGGUUUUCCACCGGAGUUCCCCGAUGAAGACGAGGAAGAGGAGGAGAAACCAAAACCAAAAGAUGAGAUCAUCAUCAAGGACAAAGCUAAAGGAAAAAAGAGCAAAGCGGUCGCAAAGACCGGGGGGUCCAAAUUCCAGUGGGACAUUAUGAGGUCACUAGGGCUGCGAGAUGAAGAAAUUGCCAAGUUUGCAAACGCUGAGCACUGGCUGGAGUACUUCCCACCGCUGGCUGUGGAGGACCUCAAGAACAUGGGCAUUAAGGUGGACUGGCGUCGUUCUUUCAUCACGACAGACGUCAACCCCUUCUACGACUCUUUCGUGAGAUGGCAGUUCAUCACUCUGAAAGAGAGGAAAAAGAUCAAAUUUGGGAAAAGGUAUACCAUUUACUCUCCUAAGGAUGGACAGCCGUGCAUGGACCAUGACAGGCAGACCGGAGAGGGAGUUGGUCCACAAGAGUACACCCUCAUUAAGAUGAAGAUCGUUGAGCCAUAUCCUACGAAACUAAGCGGUCUGAAGGGCAGGAGUGUUUUCCUGGUCGCGGCCACCCUGAGGCCGGAGACCAUGUUUGGUCAGACGAACUGCUGGGUGAGGCCCGACAUGAAGUACGUGGCGUUCGAGACAGCAAACGGAGAGGUUUUCAUCUGCACGCGGAGGUCGGCCAGAAACAUGUCCUACCAGGGCUUCACCAAGGAGAACGGAGUCGUCCCGCUGGUCACUGAGCUCCUGGGCCAGGACAUUCUGGGAUGUGCUCUCAAUGCUCCCUUAACCUCCUACAAGACCAUCUACGCUCUUCCUAUGCUCACCAUUAAGGAAGACAAAGGCACAGGGGUCGUCACUAGCGUUCCGUCGGAUGCUCCUGAUGAUAUCGCUGCCCUCCGAGAUAUCAAAAAGAAACAGGCAUUGCGGGAGAAAUAUGGCAUUGAAGACAAGAUGGUUCUGCCUUUCGAGCCGGUGCCCAUCAUUGAGAUUCCAGGCUAUGGGAACUUGUCUGCGCCCCUGGUGUGUGAUCAACUCAAAAUUCAGAGCCAGAAUGACAAAGAGAAGCUGGCUGAAGCCAAAGAGAAGGUCUACCUCAAGGGCUUCUAUGAAGGGAUCAUGCUGGUGGACGGUUUCAAAGGACAGAAAGUGCAGGAUGUGAAAAAGCCCAUUCAGAAGAUGAUGGUGGAAAAGGGGGAGGCUUUGAUCUACAUGGAGCCGGAGAAGCAGGUGAUGUCUCGCUCGGCGGAUGAGUGUGUGGUCGCCCUCUGUGACCAGUGGUAUCUGGAUUAUGGAGAUGCAGAGUGGAAACAGCAGGCUGUGGAUUCCCUGAAGUCUCUGGAGACAUUCUGUGAUGAGACCAGGAAGAACUUCGAGGCGACGUUGGCCUGGCUUCAGGAACACGCCUGCUCCAGGACGUACGGCUUGGGAACACGGCUGCCCUGGGACGAACAGUGGUUGAUUGAGUCUCUGUCAGACUCCACCAUCUACAUGGCUUAUUACACGGUGGCUCACCUCCUCCAGGGAGGAGUUCUCAACGGACAGGGUCCCUCACCCCUUGGGAUUAGGCCGGAGCAAAUGACUAGGGAAGUGUGGGAUUUCAUCUUCUUCAAAAAUACACCUUUUCCCAAGACGGAUAUUCCCAGAGAGCACCUGCAGAGACUGAGGAGGGAGUUUGAGUACUGGUACCCUGUGGACGUCCGCGUCUCUGGGAAAGACCUGGUGCCGAACCACCUCUCCUAUUACCUGUACAACCACGUCGCCAUGUGGCCCAAAGACAGCACAAAAUGGCCGCAGGCAGUCCGUGCCAAUGGACACCUUCUGCUGAACUCUGAGAAGAUGUCCAAAUCCACCGGCAACUUUCUCACCUUGAGAGAAGCAGUAACUAAGUUCUCCGCCGACGGCAUGCGCAUGGCUCUGGCUGAUGCGGGAGACACCGUGGAGGACGCCAACUUCGUGGAGGCCAUGGCGGACGCUGGCAUCCUGCGUCUGUACACUUGGGUGGAGUGGGUGAAGGAGAUGAUCGCCAACCAGAACAACCUGAGAACCGGACCAGCCGACACCUUCAACGACCGCGUCUUCGCCAGUGAGAUGAACGCAGGCAUUAUCAAAACCGAGCAGCACUAUGAGAGGAUGAUGUACAAGGAGGCCCUGAAAACCGGCUUUUUCGAGUUCCAGGCUGCGAAGGAUAAAUACAGGGAGCUGGCUAUUGAGGGCAUGCACAGAGAUCUUGUCUUCCAGUUCAUCGAGAGACAGACCCUGCUGCUGGCUCCCAUCUGCCCCCAUCUGUGUGAACACACCUGGGCCCUGCUGGGAAAGAGUGGCUCUCUGAUGAAGGCCAGCUGGCCUGUGGCUGGACCAGUCGACGAGAUCCUCAUGCGCUCCUCCCAGUACCUGAUGGAGACCGCCCAUGACCUUCGACUCCGUCUGAAAGCCUACAUGCAGCCGCCCAAAAACAAGAAAGGAGAGUCCAGACCCCCAGCCAAGCCCUCACACUGCACUGUCUACGUGGCCAAGAAUUACCCACCAUGGCAACACAGUGCCCUCUCCCUGCUGGGCAAACACUACAAGAGCAACAACGGAGUGUUGCCUGACAACAAGGUUAUCGCCAUGGAGCUGGGUGCCAUGCCAGAGCUGAAAAAAUAUAUGAAGAGAGUGAUGCCUUUUGUUGCGAUGAUUAAGGAAAACCUGGAGAAGAACGGACCUAGAGUUCUUGACCUGGAGCUGGAGUUUGAUGAGAGAGCGGUUCUGCUGGAGAACAUUGUAUAUCUGACCAACUCUCUGGAGCUGGACCAGAUAGACGUGGUCUUCGCCUCUGAAGCUGAUGAUAAAAUCAAGGAGGACUGUUGCCCCGGGAAACCGUUUUGCGUGUUCAGAUCAGAGCCGGGCGUGUCCGUCAUGAUGGUAAACCCUCAGCUUGGCAGCGGACUCUUCUCCACCAAGAUUGACAUCCGACAGGGAGACAGCAAAGACGGGAUCGUCCGCCGGCUGGCCAAAACCAACCGGGUCAUCAAAGACUUGUCCAGGGUGAAGCUGAUGCGGUAUGAGGACCCCGUGAGGGGGCCCAGGAGAAUACCUGUGGUGGGGAAGGAGGAAGAGGGCAAGCUGCCCGUCUCGGAGAGCUCCACCUUUCACAUCGACUUGGAGAGCAAGAAAGUUCACGUAACGGACAACGGGCUGAAAGUGGACGUGGGGGACACUCUAGUCUACCUGCUCGUCUGAGCUCCGGGGGACUGACUGUACGCAAGAGGAAACGCAGCCAUUACCGAUCCUCUCUCUCGACAUGACUGGUUUUUUAGCAUUAGCUUAACGCCUGAUAGCUGAUGCUAAAAACCAGUCCACCCACUCAAACCGAUCUCUUCCCUUCUCUAUUUUUAUACUUGCAUGGUUUUUGACUCUCCCUCAGUUUACGUGUCUGAAAUUUGAACUCUCUCUCAUGUUCCCAUGCUACAUAUGAACGAAACUGCAAGAUAAACCUGAAAUGGUAAUGUAAAACGGUCACAAAUGCUAACGCUAGCAGUCCCGGCGUAUGUCUGCAUAGUGCUAUUCUAAAGUAUUGAGAGUUUUGUUACUUGUGGCUUUCACAUUGGUGGAUGAUCAGUAUUGGGACAUGGGUAAUUCAGUUCUAAUGAGACGUGUCGCUUUGCUCAGAAUUCCGACUCGACUGUUUUCAUCUCUGUAUAAGGUUCAGAAUGUGUUCCGCACUCAGGAGGCCUGUGUAUUGUGAAGACUCCUUCCUUUGAGAUCAUGACAUCGUUCAUUUCUGUACACAUUACCCAUGUAAGCAAUCAUUCAGAAAAAAAAAAAACAUUAGUUCAUUUCUUUUUCACCAAGAGAUGCUCAUUUCUGAGUGGUUCUCCUGAUUAAAACUUGUGUGACAAGAACUGUGCAUCAUCUGA